UGAAUAUUUGAUUUUGAGUAUAUGGUGUUCAACGACCAUGGAGUCUCUCUAUCCUUUUGCAGGGGUCCAGGGGAAUAACAGGAUUCCUUCAAGCAGGAUGGUACCUUUUCACUUUCCUCCAUCAAAACGUGCACUCUGGAACCCAGUCCCAAUUGGAGAUUUCAUCUGCAUUCAUCUCAAUAACUUCAGAAAACCAAAACUCAUAAUAACGGAAAAGGUCAUCCGACUUGCUUGUCGUCAUGCAAAACAGAAUAAAAAAAUCUUGUCAUGCUUUUUACUUGGAGCUCUCACAGUAGAUGAAGAUGAAGAAGGUGUGACAUUGACAGUAGAUCGCUUUGAUCCUGGUCGAGAAAUACCUGAAUGCUUAGAAAGAAAGCCUACUGCUUCUCUUCCUGGGGACUUCGUGAUCCCGUGUAAAGUUCAAGUUCAAGGACAUUGUUCGAGAGAAAUCACAGUUCAUAAUGCAGAUGACUUCAGUUCUGCUUUCAAGGUUCUACAGCACCAUGUAUGUAGCAAAGAAUUCUUGGACUGUGGUAAAUUGCUUUCUCUAAGAGCUCAUAUCACUUCAGCAGAGAGUCCGGACAGUGUGAAUUUUGACUUGAAUUGUGCAGCAGUAACUUUGGCAAACAGCUUCAAGUGCACACCUGUCAAGCCCAUCUCGAUUAUUCCAACAGCUCUGGCAAGGAACUUGAGCAGCGAGUUGAAUAUUUCUCAAGUUCAAGGUACCUACAAAUACGGAUAUCUAACCAUGGAUGAAACUCGCAAGUUGUUACUUUUGCUGGAGUCUGAUCCCAAGGUUUCUUCUCUGCCAUUAGUGGGAAUUUGGUUGUCUGGAAUUAUACAUAUCUAUAAUCCUCAAGUAUGGGCUUGCUGCUUGAGAUACAUGUUCAGUUCUUCUAUUCAAGAAAGAGUUUUUUCAGAAUCUGGAAAGUUUAUUAUAGUUCUGUAUUCUAUGACACAUAAGGAUCCUGAGUUUUAUGAAUGCCUGCCCUUUGAUGACAGAUUUUCUGACCUUCAGUUUCAGCUAUUAACCAGCAAGGAAACAUUACAUUAUUUCAAAAACGUUGAACCUUCUGACAAAAAUCAAGUCCAGCUCGAAAUGAGUGCUGAGAGUCCAAAUGCAGAAACAGAGUUUUUCGGCAAAGUUUCUAAGAAUGUUUCAAUUAAGAGGUUCUCCCAAAAGUUGUCUCCAGGAAAAAUGCCAAUGAAUGAUCAUGACUCUGGUGUUGAAGAUGAAGAUUUUUCUCCGAGACCAAUUCCUAAUCCUCAUCCAGUGAGUCAGAAGGUUUCUAAAAUCCAGCCAUUGGUUCCUGAGCUUUCACUUGUGCUAGAUGGCAAUAGUAUAGAAUCACAUCCUCCUAAGCCAUUGAAGAUGGCACCCAUUGAAAAUUCUCCUGGUCACUUAGAGCGAUUGCAAUCCCAGCUGUAUAAUGAGAAACAGAGCCUACAUGCUGAAAUUGGAGAGCCUUCCUUGAGAGUUCUGCCAAAUCAGUUAAACCAAAGCACCACUCCUUCAACACGUAGCAAAAUGAGAGAGCCAGCUGCCUGUAAGAAGGGGAAGCCUCGUGUUAGGAGAGGUGUGCAGCCACCUCAGAAUGGACCAUCUGCAGAGGCAGUUGGAAACCCUCAGACAGUUUCUGCUGGAAGUAUACACAAAGAAGAGUUUCCUGUAAGAUCUUCCAACCCAUCUUCUCUUGUCCCACAGCCCCUCCCACACAAUUUUGUUUUUUCGGUUGAUAAUUCAGGAAGACCUGUGGAACUUCAGAUACCUACUCCUCCACCACCAUCUUACUAUUCCACAAAUGUUUGCAGUUGUUGCCAACAUCAUGGGCAUAUUCCGUACAACCCAAUACAUUCUUGGCAAGGAAUGAACAUCAUGGGUUCUGUUCAAGACCUCCAGCCUGAUGUCCUUCAGAAGCACUCAUUAUUUCACUCAAGUGGAUAUCCAGCUCUGUACCAUAAUGCAUGUUGUUCUUCAAGUAGUCCUAUAGCCUUGAGACCUCAGGGGCUUGUGGGUGGUUCCCCCCACAACAGUGUAGAACCAUCUCCUAUGGCAAGAUUACCUUUGCACAUGGAUUCCUAUAACCCUCAGCCCUGUGCGCUGUGCAUGCAGACACCCAAGGCUGGGGCAGAUGAUGGAAUGAUGGGACUUUCUCCAGAUGCUUACAGGUUCCUUACAGAACAAGACAGACAGCUGAGGCUACUUCAGGCACAGAUUCAACGUUUAUUGGAAGCACAGUCGUUGCCACCCUGUUCCCCUAAGACAACCACUGUUGAAAACACAAUGCAAGCUGCUGGACAGAUGGAGGUGGUUUCCAUGGAAUCACAGACGCCUGGUUUGCACAUGAGAAAAAGUGUAAGCAUUGCUGUGAGCACAGGUGCCAGUUUGUUUUGGAAUGCUGUAGAUGAUAAUCAGGCGCCUGAAUCUCAGCUAAAGCAAGAUGAUACCAAGAUUUCUAGUGAAGAUAUGAAUUUUUCUGUUGAUAUUAACAAUGAAGCCACAAGUCUUCCUGGCAGUGCAUCUUCUUUAAAAGCAGUUGAUAUUCCCAGUUUUGAAGAGAGUAACAGUGCUGUGGAAGAAGAGUUUAAUCGGCCACUUUCUGUGUCCAGCUCUUCUCCAAUUGUGAAAAAAGAACCCAAGGUACCAGUGUUCUUUCCACAUUCACUGCUGGCAGAGGAUGUGAAUUUGUGUUUGCAGAAUGGACCAAUAGAGGGCGCCAAUAACAAUUCUGUAACAACUGAGGAACCAAACACUGAACAAGUUCCACAAUCCUUGCCUCAUCAAACUUCAGAUAACCCGAAAAUAUACCAGGACUUACUGGGUCAAGUGAACCACUUACUAAACUCCGCCAAAGAAACUGAGCAUCCAUCUUCUAAAGCUGUUAUCAUCAGCCAGGAAUGCACCAGAACUCAAAAUGUUUAUCAUACAAAGAAGAAAAAAAAUGAUUCUGGACAAGUGGACAAAGAUUGUGUUCUUAAUGCAACUCUUAAGCAACUGAGAAGCCUUGGAGUAAAAAUUGAUUCUCCCACUAAAGAGAAGAAAAGUGCACAUAAAGUUGAUCAUGCCAGUGUGUUGGCAUGUAUCAGCCCUGAAGCAGUGAUCUCCGGAUUAAACUACAUGUCUUUUGCCAAUGUUGGCAUGAGUGGCUUAAGCCCUAGUUGUGUGGAUUUGAGCAUGGAGGCAAAUGCUAUAGCUUUGAAAUAUUUAAAUGAAAAUCAGCUGUCACAACUGUCUCUGGCCCGAUCAAACCAAAAUAACUUCGACUCCUCUUUAAACCUUGUGCAUAUGAAUACAGACAGAAGUACAGCAGGGCUUUCACCAAGUAACAUGUCAUUUGCAACUAAAAAGUAUAUGAAGCGAUAUGGACUCAUACAAAGCAGUGAUAAUAGUGAAGAUGAAGAGGAGACCACAGAGAGUACCGAGAGCAGAGGUGAACAUUCAUUACAUUCAUUAAAACAAAACUUUAUAUCCAUCCCUGAACAGCUUGGUGAUCAGAAGCAGCCUACAGGGAAGCCCUGUGAAAUAAUGAACUAUUAUGGCUCUGAAUCUGUAAGUCCCCACACGGACUCGCCUGUUUUGAGAAAUAUCACCAACGAAAUUGUUCAUUCAAAAACUGGACAGCAGUGGAAUGAAAACCCGGAUUUCUUACUGAAGAACCUAAAACCUAGCCCUGCUGUGAACCUUUGGACUGGAAAAGCAGAGUUUACCCAACAUCCUGAAAAAGAAAAUGAAAGGGACGUUCCAAUUUUUCCCGAACAUUUGAAACCUUCUGACACUUUAAAGAACAUGAACAGCAUGAGUUCAGUAGGCACAUUCUUAGAUGUAAAGCGUCUCAGACAGUUGCCAAAAUUAUUUUGAACGUUUAACUCCUGCCCUC